AUGCAUAAUGACAAUGUAUCGUACGGUAGUGCCAGUGAUCUACUGGACAGCCAUGUACUGGGCAACGAGAAGCAUCAGGAGCCGGCGAUGGAGAGAUCGACGAGAUCAAAUCUCGACGGCAACAGUGUCGAUAUUGGAGAAAUAACUGAAUCGCCAGAUACUGAAUAUAUGAGCACUUCUGCAAUUUUACACUAUUGUAAAUCGAAGAUAUUGGUACCGUAUUUAAAACUGCUGACUAUAAUGGGAUUACGUCCGGUUGUUGACGUUUCGAACUCUUCAAAAUGUGCUAUAUUUCUUUCGCAUUUUCAUUCUGCUCAGAUAGCAGUGUUUAUGAUUGCAGGCUAUAUUCUUCAGUAUAUGGCUUGUUUUAGACGAGACAGAAGCUUCUGCUACAAAUUGGUUCCCCUAGCGUUAAGUUCACCCUUGGAAUACGAUACGUAUAAACAAGUGUGUUACGGGAAUGUUACUUUAGUAUACAUUGGUCCUAGCGUUUUGCAUUUUUUAGGAUUUGCAUAUGCUUUAUAUUUGUUUCGGGUUUCUGAUAAUGAGCAGCUGCAAAACUUGAUGGAAAGGGUUUUUUUAUUGUCAUCGUACGCGCCACAAGGAAUGCCCACAAAUAAACCGAAGCGACUCUUACGCAUGUUGUGGGUUUUCAUUAUUCUCGGCGUGCUUUGGAUGUGUUUAUCGCUGUGUUCAGUAAAUUUUAUGAUCACACAAGGGGAUAUUAUGUUUAAAUGGGUGAAUACAAGAUCUAGAGAUGUAUCGAUGGCGCUGCGCGUGCUGCUAGUGGCUUGUACGGUGAUCCACGACAUGGUGCAGGCUACUGCAAUCACCAGCUAUUGCCUACAGGCGCAGCUACUGCAGGCGCACCUCAUGUUCCUCAAGGAGCGCCUGCUGCACCGCACCAUCACGCCGCUCCAUUGGAUGAGGGAAAUCUCCGAGUUCCGUAAAUUGUUGAAGUAUCUGAACGAGGAGUUGGCCCCGGCCGUGUGCCUGUUCACUUUGGUGAACGUGUCGUGGGCGGCGUCGGGCGCGUUGUGGCUAUGCGGCGCCGACCGCGUCGACGUCACCGCCGGCCCGCUGCUGGCCGUCAGUGCGCUUAACCUGGCGCUGUGGCUCACCGCCGUCGUGGCGCCCUUCGUGCAGGCAGCGCGGUUGACCAGCGAAUGCCGCAAGACUCAAUCAGUGGGGCACGAACUAUGCGUGCGCCCUUUCCUACACCAAGAUACGUCGCAAGAAGACAUCAUCACCGUGCUAAUGUUUGCGUCUACGCUUCGUCUCCAAGCGAAACUAUUCCAUUGUCCCAUUGCAGGCAGAUACAUCUGCGGUCUUCUAACAAUCGCCAUCGUAGUUCUAUUGUGUUUAGGCAUGUGUCACUAUUUAUAA